AUGGUGUCCGCUCUCAUGGCCGCCCCGACGAAGAAGACGCACCGCGCCACGGCCAGCAUGGGUGGCCUGCUGGACGCCGAGGAGCCGCUGCUGCUGAUGACAGACGCCGAGAUCGAGGACGACUUCAACUUGCUGGAGGAGUCCCCCGACGGGGGCAAGACUUUCUACAGCGGGGGCAGGGACGCCACGGGCGAGAGGGAGACGGUGCGGUGGGAGGGCGUGGGCCUGAUCAAGACGCCGCGCAGCAGGCAGAGGCCGGCGCUCACGCGUAGCAACUCCAUGCCCAGCUCGGCGGAGCGCGCGGAAAGGGCCACCAGGGCCGGGGCGGCGCCGGAGGUCAACAAGGCGCUGCGCCUGCGGCCGGCGGGGAGAAUCUUGCGGCGGCAGAGGUCCAUGCCGUUGUGCUACAGGGAGCUGAGGGCCAUGAAAGUGCAGAAUCAGUCGGCCGAUGUGAAGAGGCGCUACCAGAGGUGGCGCAUGGCUCGUGAGCUCGAGUUGGACCAGCUGCGGAAGCAGUGGAUUGCCUACCAAAGAACGGCUCGACGAGGGAAGUCCAGGGCAAGGAAGUCUUUGUGUAAAGCACAGCCCACAAAGCACCAAGAGUCACCAGGCUGCUCUGCACAACAGUCAACAAAACUUGCCCUCCGUGAGCGGCAAGUGCAGUCCCCAGUGGACGUGAUGUCAGUCCCUGGGAAGCGACAGAGGAGGUUGGAGCGGCCUGUCACCAGAGAGCUGUUUGCGUCGACACCAUCGCCACGGACCAGUCUGCCAGACAGCGGACGCAGCAGGCACAGCAUUGACUCUGCUGCGCCACUUAGCCCCACGCCUGAUUAUCUGUUGGAGGAGGCGCUGGCAAUAGCUUCCAGAUUCUCUGAUGGUGACCAGGCGCAUGAGCUGAGCUCAGGUUGUGCACGGCCUUCUCCAAUGGAGAGGAUAGCUGCUGCCGGACAGUUGCUGAGAAGGAACGGGGGAAAGAGUGCUUUGGAGAGCACUGAGAAGGGGAGGACAACAGGGAUCCCGGGUGGUACUGGCAAGAGUAGCCAGCUUCCUGGGGGCCCUCGGAGCAGCCCGCUCAAGACGCCCCGUGGCCAAACAACACCUGCCGGAAGCCAGCAGAUAUCAAGCAAACCCCCCAGAAACUCGGGUUCUGCCACGCCUCGAGGUUCUCGGAUCACCAGCAGUGCUAAGGCAUCGCUGGGGGGCCCUGUCCGAUGCGCGAGCAAGAGCAGGACUGCAGGCGCUCACAGUGACGGGCUGAAGACUGCCCCGGUCCUUGGGGCAGCCCAAAGGACGACGCCCAAGCGCAGGACAAUGUCCGCCGUGGGUUUGCCACCCUCCAGAGGGACCAGUUCUGGGCUGGGCUCAAGCACGCCUCGCUCCGAGCCCACCUCAACCCCGCGUGGGACACCCAGGUCUGUCAGGAGGCCGCAGCAGUCAUCCCCUCCUGAAGGCAGGCUGCGGAAGAGCCCUGUGGGGAAAACAGCGCCAAGCCCACGCCCUGGGCUUGGUCCUGCAGUCCGGGUGGGCGCGCCACGAGCACAGGGGCCCACCCCAAGGCGGGCCUCCACUCCCAGGGAGUCUGGCAGCAAUCUGCCAUCCAAGUCGGGGACACGCUCGUCUCUGGGGCCCCCUCAGCGCCUGUCCAAGAGCCCUGUGGCGAAGAGCGGCGACAGGACUGCGAAGGGGAAGGCUGCUGGCGCCUUGUCUCGUGUGCCAUCGAGCGCCAGGCGUCUACCACAAUAA